UGGGCGCGCGCCUGCCAUUGGUCCGGGCUGGGGCGCAGGGCUGUAGAGUUGGUGGAAAGUGACAAGUUGGGCGAGAAGAGCGAUCGCCGAGAGCGGGAGGAGCCGCCACCGAGGGAGCCCCGAGACCACAGCCCCGGGCACCCGGCACGUUCUUCGCAAGUCCUAGAGGGGGACACCCCGUCCGCUAGAGCGACCCGGACAGUCGGGGACUGAACGGCCGGCCGAGGCGAGGCUGCAGCCGGAGGGCUGGGGCGGAACGGAGCUCGGGGUCCGGAGGCGGCCGGGCGCAGGCGAGGGAGCGGGUCAGAGGGACAAAGAGCUGUGCAAAGGCCCCCGGCGUCCCGCGAGCGCCAGCGGCCGAGACGAGGUGGCCAGGAGCCCGGGGCGAGCCCGUGGAUGUUCUGCGCGCCGCCGGAGAGCCGCCGCCGCCGCGAGAGGAGGAAUGCACCGGCCGCGCCGCGGGACGCGCCCGCGCCCGCCGCCACUGGCGCUGCUGGCCGCGCUGCUGCUGGCCGCGAGCGGGGCUGCUGCCCAAGAAACAGAGUUGUCAGUCACUGCUGAGUUAGUACCUACCUCAUCCUGGAACAUUUCAACUGAGAUGGACAAAGAUUCUUACCUGACCCUCGAUGAACCGAUGAAUAACAUCACCACAUCCCUAGGGCAGACAGCCGAAUUGCACUGCAAAGUAUCUGGGAAUCCACCUCCCACCAUCCGCUGGUUCAAAAAUGAUGCACCCGUAGUCCAGGAGCCACGGAGGAUCUCCUUCCGGGCAACCAACUAUGGCUCUCGACUACGGAUUAGGAACCUUGACACCACAGACACCGGCUACUUCCAGUGUGUGGCAACAAAUGGCAAGAAGGUGGUUUCUACUACUGGAGUCCUGUUUGUCAAGUUUGGGCCUCCUCCGACUGCAAGUCCAGGAUCCUCAGACGAGUAUGAAGAAGAUGGAUUCUGUCAGCCAUACAGAGGGAUUGCAUGUGCACGAUUUAUUGGCAACCGCACUGUCUACAUGGAGUCUUUGCACAUGCAGGGGGAAAUAGAAAAUCAGAUCACAGCUGCCUUCACCAUGAUCGGCACCUCCAGCCAUUUAUCUGACAAGUGUUCUCAGUUCGCCAUUCCUUCCCUGUGUCACUACGCCUUCCCAUACUGUGACGAAACUUCUUCGGUCCCAAAGCCUCGAGACUUGUGUCGUGAUGAAUGUGAAAUCCUGGAAAACGUCCUGUGUCAGACAGAGUACAUUUUUGCAAGAUCAAAUCCCAUGAUUUUGAUGAGACUGAAAUUGCCAAACUGUGAGGAUCUCCCACAGCCAGAGAGCCCAGAAGCUGCAAACUGCAUCCGGAUUGGAAUCCCCAUGACAGACCCUAUAAAUAAGAAUCACAAGUGCUACAACAGCACAGGUGUGGAUUACCGGGGAACUGUCAGUGUGACCAAGUCGGGGCGCCAGUGUCAGCCGUGGAAUUCUCAGUACCCCCACACGCACAGUUUCACCGCCUUGCGCUUCCCAGAGCUCAACGGAGGCCACUCCUACUGCCGCAACCCUGGCAAUCAGAAGGAAGCUCCGUGGUGCUUCACCUUGGAUGAAAACUUUAAGUCCGACCUCUGUGACAUCCCAGCAUGUGAUUCGAAGGAUUCCAAAGAGAAGAAUAAAAUGGAAAUCCUGUACAUUCUAGUGCCAAGUGUGGCUAUUCCCCUGGCCAUUGCUUUCCUCUUCUUCUUCAUCUGUGUCUGCCGAAAUAACCAGAAGUCAUCAUCACCACCAGUGCAGAGGCAACCAAAACCUGUCAGAGGCCAAAAUGUAGAGAUGUCCAUGCUGAAUGCUUACAAACCCAAGAGCAAGGCUAAGGAGCUGCCUCUUUCUGCUGUGCGCUUUAUGGAAGAACUGGGUGAAUGUACCUUUGGGAAAAUCUACAAGGGCCAUCUCUACCUCCCAGGCAUGGACCAUGCACAGCUGGUUGCUAUCAAGACCUUGAAAGACUAUAACAAUCCCCAGCAGUGGACAGAGUUUCAACAGGAAGCCUCACUGAUGGCUGAACUACACCACCCCAAUAUUGUCUGCCUGCUGGGUGCUGUCACCCAGGAACAGCCUGUGUGUAUGCUGUUUGAGUAUAUGAACCAGGGGGAUCUCCACGAGUUCCUCAUCAUGCGAUCCCCACAUUCUGACGUUGGCUGUAGCAGUGAUGAAGAUGGGACUGUAAAAUCCAGCCUGGACCAUGGAGAUUUUCUGCACAUCGCAAUUCAGAUUGCAGCUGGCAUGGAAUACCUGUCUAGUCACUUCUUUGUGCACAAGGACCUUGCUGCUCGCAAUAUUUUAAUUGGAGAACAGCUGCAUGUAAAGAUAUCAGACCUGGGGCUUUCCAGAGAAAUUUACUCUGCUGAUUACUACAGGGUGCAGAGUAAGUCCUCGCUGCCCAUUCGCUGGAUGCCCCCUGAAGCCAUCAUGUACGGCAAAUUCUCCUCUGAUUCUGAUAUCUGGUCUUUUGGGGUUGUGUUGUGGGAGAUUUUCAGUUUUGGACUCCAGCCGUAUUAUGGAUUUAGUAACCAGGAAGUGAUAGAGAUGGUGCGGAAACGGCAGCUGUUACCGUGUUCUGAAGACUGCCCGCCCCGGAUGUACAGCCUCAUGACAGAGUGCUGGAAUGAGAUUCCUUCCAGGAGACCUCGCUUCAAAGAUAUCCAUGUCCGGCUUCGGUCCUGGGAGGGGCUCUCAAGUCACACCAGCUCUACUACUCCCUCAGGCGGAAAUGCCACCACGCAGACCACCUCCCUCAGUGCCAGCCCCGUGAGUAACCUCAGCAACCCCCGAUUUCCCAAUUACAUGUUCCCGAGCCAGGGAAUUACACCACAGGGCCAGAUCGCUGGUUUCAUUGGCCCAGCGAUACCUCAGAAUCAGCGCUUCAUCCCCAUCAACGGAUACCCAAUACCUCCUGGAUACGCAGCCUUUCCGGCUGCCCACUACCAGCCUGCAGGUCCUCCCAGGGUGAUUCAGCACUGCCCACCUCCCAAAAGUCGCUCCCCAAGCAGCGCCAGUGGGUCGACCAGUACUGGCCAUGUAACCAGCUUGCCCUCAUCAGGAUCCAACCAAGAAGCAAAUAUUCCUUUGCUACCGCACAUGUCAAUCCCAAAUCACCCUAGUGGAAUGGGUAUCACCGUUUUUGGCAACAAAUCUCAAAAACCCUACAAAAUAGACUCAAAGCAACCAUCUUUGCUUGGAGACUCCAAUAUUCAUGGACACACAGAAUCUAUGAUUUCUGCAGAACUGUAAAAUGUGUCUCUUGUAAAUACAAUAUACAGGACAAAGUAGAAAGUGGUAGAAAAGAUUUAUAUUCAAAUGUUUUUAUUGAAGUAAGGCUCUCAUUUAGCAGACAUUGCAAUAAGUAUCUUCUGUGAAGUUUAACUGUGUCUUACAGGACAGACACUAGCCAGGAAAAAAAAAAAAAAAGCCAACAAGGCAUUGUGGGAUUUACAGUCCUCACAUCCUCAUGAUGCAGGACAUGGUGUUGGGACUGGAACAGAUGGUUUCAUGUCCUGAAAACUGCAAAACCCAUGAAGAAGAAAAGAACCUUGUGAUUAAUUAAAUAGCAAACCAAAAAGAAAGUCAAACGGCUGUAUGUGUUUGCCUUCAGUCACCAUGACUGGUCUUGCCCCAAAAUGUAUAGACUGUAACAUUUGUCUACCUGCUGUCUCUGCUUCAGGGCAUAUGUUCAGGAAUUAGACUGAUCCAGUUUAGACUCUAUGCAUGUUUGAAUGGAAGUGGUGUUCACAAUCAAUGAGGGACCUUUAGGCCAAAUUUUAAAUAUCAGAUGAAAAUAAGCCAUACAUAAAGACACAUGUCACAUCCCCUAAAGCCCACUGAGUAGCAGGGCUUCCCUUGGGAAGGUUAGACUAUCCCUUUGUGACCCUCCUCUUCUGAUCAUGAAGGCCUUUUCCAUAGUUCCCCUUUCUGCCGUGUGUUUACACAAGCCCUUGAAAGCACACGGGCCAUAGAUAUUUUAAAAAGCUAGGUGUGGGUGCUGGAACUGACUGUUGAUUAAAAAGUUGGGUUGUUGCAUUAGAAAUGGGGCACCAAAGAAGGCACUGUUGGGAAACUGGUCCCUCAGCCAAGACCAGUGUCCAUGGGAGAGGAACAGUGGUUGGUUCCCAUUCUGUUGUGACAACCUCAUUAAGAGCUUCCCUGGACCAGGAACAUGCAAAGCAGGUGUGGCUAAGGCAAGCACAUUCAUGCCUUGAAGCCAGUUUACAAGUUGCCCCAGGUCUCAGGAUGAUUUACCAUCAAUGGACUGUAGGCAAGAGGAAAACCCUGUGAUAAUAGCUGGUAAAUUUAAAGUCUCUCACUUUUCUUUUUCUUUCUUUUUGUUUUCCUGGGAAUGUUCACAGAUUUUAUUCUAGCACUAAGAAUUAUAGCAAUUUAUUCACAGAGCUAGUUGGACUCCAAAGACAAUUUCUGUUUUGCAAAGCGUUAUAGGAUUUCCAAAAACAAACACAGUUCUUAUUUCAGAGAUUAUAAAGAACUGAAUUCUUCAACUUGGCAAACAAGCAGCAUGAUCGUUUUUGCCUUCGUUAGAGUGUGGUAUCAAGUGUGCCUCUCCUGGCAUUUACCUGUCAACCACCUUCUUACCAAGUAUAGAAUUCUUAUGGGAUUCAAGGUCUAUAUAGGAAGGAAUUUUAUAUUUGAGUUUUCUCUUGUUAAAAAAAUAACUCCUUUAUUCUAAAAACAAUGUCUACAAGUCUUGUUUUUAUUUUAGAGCUAUAAGAGAUUUACAGACUUACAGGAUAUAAAGUAAAUCCUGGAAAUAUCUCAUGGGGGGAAUGUAAGAGAAAAAGAAAGACCUUGAUGUUUCUGCUUUUAAGAAUAUAAUUAUCAUAGGAAAUCUGUCUACCAAAAUGUACGGCAAUUUUCCCAAACCCAAGUCUUCAAGCAAUAAACAUGAACUUAUAGGUACUGUGAAUUCAAAGAGUUGGCUAUAUUCAGAUUUGCUGGGAAAUGAAUUAAGACCUAUUUUGUGGCAUGGAUAAGCUGAUUCUGAUGUAACAUUUCUUAACAUUAAGUAGAGGAGAAUAUUUGUAUCCUUUUGUUGCUAUGCAACUGUUUAAUGAUGAAGCUUCAAACCACAAUUUUGUAUAUCAUAUGACAAUCAAUUGUUUUCCAAGAAUAUUUAUUUUGAGUAAACACAAUUUCAGUGGAUCUAAGUCUUUUGAGAAGUCCCUUAAAGGGAGAUUAGCAUUCCAUGAGCCAGUAAAAUACCUUCUCUGGAAAGUCAUUCUUAUGGUUAAAAAAAUAAAUUCAACCUAGUUUUUAUAAAUAACUAUAACAUAUAUUUUUAAGCCUUUUAUAAUAACUGAAAUCAUUAAGGUGAGCAAACUAAAUUUUAAAACCACUUGUUAUAAUGUAUUUUAAAACAAUGCUGCAGUGCUACAGCAUACAGUCUCUUUUGUAUUAAAUGGUACUUUUUUCACAAGCUAAAAAAAUAUCUUUUGCCUUGUUAACAAUGUUUUGUAAGAUGACUUUAUUUUCAGGUUUUUUUUCUCUUUGCACAAAACUGUUUAUGGUUUGUAUCACAGAAGUGAAAAUAUAUCUCUGCAUUUUUAUAUCUGGUCUGUUUCCUUAUUUUCUUUGUUUGCUUGUUUUUAAAUCAAUAUAGAGUUUCUGCAAAUAUAUAAUAGCAAUAACAAGAUGUCUCACCUUACCAUAUCUGUCCUUAUUUUCACUGCAUGCAUUUAAUCACUGUAUUACUUGAUGUUUGAUUGUUAUUAUGGGCAUUCCAAAUAGAAAAAAGUGUGGACUUGUAAUGACCAAAAAGACUAUUUUCUAUUGAGGAUAUAUGCAUUUGUAUUUCACACACCAGAGAUGAUAUUAAACACUGAUUAUUUUA